CUUGCUUUAUUUUAUGAUAUUGACGCUCAUAAAAAAAGUUUACUAGAAAAUCCCUUAGCUACACACUUAUCACAUCUGCGUUUAGGGAAUAAUAAGCUAAUACCUAUACAGGGGCUAGUCCUGCUAAUAGACAAUGUCAAAAAAUUGACUUUGCAUGAUUUUCGUUAUUUAUUGAAAGAACUAUAUAAUAAAGUUCAAGUCAAAGAAACUAAAGACAGACUCUUAUCACAUUUUCCGAUCACUUUUAACUAUUUUGAUCCUGUUACAGGUAAAAAGAAAACUGAAAGAUUUUGGCUAAAUUGUAGUCAAAUAUUUUCUUAUAAUGAUAUCCACUAUUUAUUAACAGCACCAUAUAGUAACACAGAUCAAUAUAGAAAAUUGAGAUGUGGGCUAUUAGCUCUUGCAAAAGCUCAAAUAGGAGAUUCAAUUAAGUCUGAUUAG